AUGUCCAACAAAUGUGAUUUAUCUAAGGAAGAGAAAGUGUGGGUCAUAUGCCGUUUGCUGUAUCAGGCACCUCCAGGUGAAUUCUACAGUGUUUUUGAAGAUCUCCGUAUUCUGGUCCAGGAUGAUGACCUAAUGAGGCAAGAAGCUGCCCAGGUCUGUGCCCAUCACAAUAAGAACAAUUUCACCUUAGUCAGAAUAGAAGGAACCAAUGUGCUGGUGACUCGCUACAAUGAUCUAGGAGGAAAUCGCUUUUUUGACCCUAAAUAUAAAUUUUCUUUCAAAUUUGAUCACUUGAGUGGAAUAUCAAACAAAUUUCAGCUCCAUGGGGUAGCAUGGGAUGAGACAGAGUUAUGGAGAACAGCCCUAAAUAGUGCUUUAAAGGCAUACGUGGAUAGUCACUUUUCUUCAGGGGACUGCUGUGUAUUUAGAAAAACCUUGAAAAACAGGCAGGUAUUUGUGGUCUGUAUUGCAAGUCAUCAAUACAAACCGUUGGGUUUCUGGAAUGGCCUUUGGAAAGGUGAAUGGACUUUUUCCCAGAUUCCAGUUAUUACUCAGGUUACAGGGGCCAUUCAUUUGCAAGUACACUACUUUAAAGAUGCUAACCUCCACAUGACAGUCUGCAAGACUGUUGAAGAGACCUUGCAUGUAAUUGACCCAGCCCAGUUGGCCAUAGAUUUUGUGAAACUCAUAGAAACUGAAGACAACAAAUUUCACAUUGCCAUGCUGGAAAAUUUCCAAGCUUUGACAGAUGAAAUCUGGAGAAAAAUUCUACGAAGGCAGCUCCCAGUCACUCGCACGAUCAUUAACUGGAAUAAACUGCUGACCAAUCAGAGCAUAAAAGCCAAUAUUUCCAGUCAUGAGGUGCCACUGAGUUUAACAAAGUGUAUGGUUUGA